CACAUCAAAAUUCAUUGCACAGAGAGGAAACCUCCAUAAGCCACACACAACACAACAACAACAACAACAGCAAUCUCGCAUUUCUUCCUUCCCAGAUCUGACCGACAAGAGCAAUGGAUGUAGAAGACACAGAUGUUUGCAUCAUCAAGGAGCCCGAUCGGGUGAUAGUCUAUUCAAAUGGAACUUCACAUGAAGCAGGUCAUGAAAAUGUUGCUAAGCAUCACAAUAUUACCGAGUCAUUUGAGCCAAUAGUUGAGAGUACCGAACACCAUAGUUCAGAGGAGAGCACCAAGGAAUAUGAGGUGAAGGAGUGUACAACAGAAAAUUCUGUUAAGAGAUCUGAUCAGUCUUGCAUAGAAAAAAGUGAGGACCAGAGUUUUGUUGGUGCCCCAAGUGAGAAGAAUUCAAAGUCCUAUAAAACCAAGGCUGUGAAGCACAGAUCAAGACCUCCCAUUGGAAAUUCUCACAGUAAAAGUACAGGAAAUGUUCAAAAGAAGCACACGGUUCCACAACCAUUUGCCUUAGCAACUGAAAAGCGUGCCUCUGGCGUAAUGCGUACUCUUGCUGAAGAUACCCAGGGCGGUCAUGAUAGAAAAUUAAUAAAUAAAAAAAAUGUGCUCACUCCAAAUAGUUUACAACAGAAUAAGUUGGAAUCACCUCCAGCGCUAAGAAAGCCAUUGCAACCUAAUAACAAGAAGCAACCUGAUGAAGAUGAUACUUGUUCUGUUGUUUCUCUAAGUGCAGCUUCUGUGCGAUCAUUCAAUUCUAGGGCAACUGUCGCUUCAGCUCCUGUAUUUCAGUGCACUGAACGUGCACAAAAACGAAAGGAGUUUUAUUCAAAAUUAGAGGCAAAGCAUCAAGCACUAGAAGCUGAGAAGAGUCAAAGUGAAGCAAGGAACAAGGAAGAGAGAGAAGCAGACAUCAAGCAGCUGAGGAAAAGUUUAAUGUUUAAAGCAAAUCCUAUGCCAAGCUUUUACCACGAGGGGCCUCCACCAAAGGUCGAAUUGAAAAAGCCACCACCCACUCGUGCGAAAUCUCCAAAGCUGGGCCGACGAAAGAAGAGUAGUGGCUCUUCUGUCAGUUCCUCUCAUGGGGACAAAGUCAUGGGAGAUGUUGUCCAGGAAAGUCAAUGCUCUCUGUCAAAUGACAAAGAAGACAAGCAUGCUAACAUAGACAAUGGAAAUGACAUGAAUAAUGGCAGUAAUGGUUAUGAACUCAAUAACAAGGCCAAGGAUAUUGGGCAAGUGGAUCUGAUGAACUGAAGAACAGCGGUCAGUCAUAUAAUGCUUUCAAUGAGAUUUGCUUUUCACUUCUUUUAAUUUAUGAAGAGUUGAGCUUGCCACUAUUCCAAAGCAUGUUUCUUGUUAUUUUUCUUUAAUUUAUAAUCACUUGUUCUAUGCUUUUGUCUAAUUUAAGUGGUGAAAAUGUUCAUAUGUAAUUUAAUUCAGCUUUGUAAAAAUGAAAUUUAUUUAUCACAUAAGAGCUAUUUAAGCGUUUGUUAAGUUCCCCCUAAACAGGGUCAAAGCCAGACUGUUUGUAUUUUGAGGUUGUUGUUAAAUAAUAAAAUUCCGCGAAAAGGGUCAUGGUGCUGCA